GGACAAAGCUACUGUAUGAGCUGCAUUGAACUGCACUGGAAAAAAGAGGAUCAGAAAGGAAACCACAGCUGUCCUCAGUGCAAGAAAACCUUUAUACCGAGGCCUGAUCUGGAGAAGAACACCAUGCUAGCAGCUUUAGUGGAGCAGCUGAAGAAGACUGGACUCCAAGCUGCUCCUGGUGAUCACUGCUAUGCUGGACCUGAAGAUGUGGCCUGUGAUUUCUGCACUGGAAGAAAACUGAAAGCCAUCAAGAUCUGUUUAGUCUGUCUGGCCUCUUAUUGUGAGAAACACCUUCAGCCUCAUUAUGAUGUGGCUCCACUGAAGAAACACAAACUGAUGGAGCCUUCAAAGAACCUCCAGGUGAACAUAUGCUCUCAACAUGAUGAGGUGAUGAAGAUAUUCUGCCGUACUGAUCAGAAGUGUAUAUGUAGUCUAUGUUUAUUGGACGAACAUAAAGACCAUGAAACAUUGUCAGCUGCAGCAGAAAGGACUGAGAGGCAGAGAGAGCUGGAGGAGAGACGAGGAAGAAUCCAGCAGAGAAUCCAGGACAGAGAGAAAGAUGUGAAGCUGCUUCAACAGGAGGUGGAGGCCAUCAAUCACUCUGCUGAUAAAACAGUGGAGGACAGUAAGAAGAUCUUCACUGAGCUGAUCCGUCUCAUCCAGAAAAGAAGCUCUGAUGUGAAGCAGCAGAUCAGAUCCCAGCAGGAAACUGAAGUGAGUCGAGUCAAAGAGCUUCAGGAGAAGCUGGAGCAGGAGAUCACUGAGCUGAAGAAGAAAGAAGCUGAGCUGAAGCAGCUCUUAAACACAGAGGAUCACAACCAGUUUCUCCACAGCUACCCCUCACUGUCAGCACUCAGUGAGUCUACACACUCAUCCAGCAUCAAUAUCCGUCCUCUGAGACACUUUGAGGAUGUGACAGCAGCUGUGUCAGAGCUCAGAGAUAAACUGCAGGACAUUCUGAGAGACACAUGGACAAACAUCUCACUGGCAGUCGCCGAGGUUGAGGUUUUGCUUUCCGGGCCAGAACCAAGGAGUAGAGCUGGUUUCUCGAAACAUUAUUGUGAAAUCACACUAGAUCCAAACACAGCGCAUGUGUGGAUAGUACUAUUGAAUGGAAACAGGACAGUGACAAGGUGGAAUCAACAUCAACCUUAUCCUCCUCAUCCAGACAGAUUUUUUUCUCCUACUCAAGUACUUAGUAGACAGCAUCUGACUGGACGUUGUUACUGGGAGGUGGAGUGGGUAGUGAGGAUGGAAAAAGUUCUUAUUGCAGUAGCAUACAAGAAUGUCAAAACAGUAAGUGCACCAAUUAGUGUGUUUGGAUAUAAUGAUAUUGCUUGGUCAUUAGAGUGUUACGGUAAUCUUUUUAGAGUUGGUCAUAACAACAGGUGGACCGGUUACAAAUUUCCACCGUCCUCCAGAAUAGGAGUGUACCUGGAUCACUCAGCUGGUAUUCUUUCCUUCUACAGUGUCUCUGAAACCAUGACUCUCCUCCACAGAGUCCAGACCACAUUCCAUCAACCACUAUAUGCUGGACUUUGGGUUGGAACGAAUGACACUGGUGAGUUCUGUAAACCCAAAUAG